UUUAUAGUUAUAUAUUUUGCUGGUGUAUCUUAGCAUUGAAACUUACUGGUAUGCAUACAUUAGUAUGUUAAAAAUGCGCUUAAUUAAAUGAUAAUCAUUGAUGUUAUAAAUAUAUGCCUACACUUAUUUAUAAGAUAAUGUUUACUAUUUUCUCCUUUUUAUUUCUGCCCUGAUGGUCCUUCUGGAUAUCGUAACAGGAGAUGUCUUAAAUACAUACUUGGCGCUGUUUAAAGGACAUACGGAGAUCUAUCAACACGUACGUGUUGUAUUUACCGGCAAGGAAGGAGCCGGUAAAACAACAGUAUGUUGUCGUUUACAAAAUAAAUAUGUCAAUCUCAAGUUGCGCAGACCAACGGUGGGAGCUAACUUAUACCCUGAUUUGUUCUCAAUUGAUCGGCAUUCUAACAACUGGAUGCGUAACGCUGAUAAUUCGACUAGGAAAGUGAUAGAAGCACGUAUUGGUGCAGUGAUGACGAGAGUAACGAGAACGGGAGAAGAUGGUUUACGGACAGGGGGACCACAAGGAAGAUUAGAACAAAAUGAAAAGUAUUCAUCGAAAGAUCCUGUACCACUAACCACUGAAAGAUUAUCUGAAUGCGAUGCUGUCAGGGAAGCUUCACGUCAUGCCAGCUCUGAUGCCACAUUCCUAUCUCUGUGGGAUAUGGGUGGACACUCUUCGUUCCAGACUUCGCACAAUGUAUUUAUUUCCUCUCAUGGCGUAUACCUUCUAGUCUUCAGACUGACCGAUUUUCUCAAAGACAGACUGGAAACAUAUAGACUAAAGAAAUGGAUUCGGAUGAUUGGGACAUUUUCGUCAAAAGCCUUAAAUGUGUCCAAAUUGAAGACACAUCAUCCGCCAUUGAUAUUCAUCGGAACCUUCCUUGAUGAGUUGAAGAGGAAAAACAAAGACUACGACAGACAAGUACAGGCUAUACAGUCAAGCAUUACAAGUUUCCCAGAACUUUCAUCGCACAAGUAUGUCAGAUUCUGUACAGUCGAUAACAGUAAAGGUACGAAGCCAAUCCUUCUGAGAUUGCGUCAUUUUUUCAGGAAGAGAUUCCAGCAUCCAUCACCACCAUUUCCUCCCUGUACAGAUGACGACAAACUGACACAUUUGCGAAAGUGUGUCUUGGAAUUUGCUGAGCACCAGGAUCAGUGGGGCAGACAACUCCCUACCAGAUGGCUAAAACUGGAGAUGGAUUUAAUGAAAUUAAGAGAAGAGGGAACCAGAAUACUGAAAUUGGAGGAGGUGAUUGAAAUGAACCGAGAGUCUAUGGCACCACUGGACGAUGUGAAGGAGAUCAAACUGGCUCUGCAGUAUCUUCACUGCACGAGAUCUGUGAUCUAUUUUCCGGAGUUUGACUACGUCAUCAACGACCCCCAGUGGCUUGCGGAUUGCUUCGGUCUCCUGAUUACCGAUGACCAGUUUCUUCCAAAAGACGAUCUCGUGCUUGCCCAAGACUUAGAGAAGUACAAGACAAAGGGCGAGUUGACUCAGAAGUUGGUCGAUAGACUUCUCAGUCUAGAACAAAAUAAAGCUUUCUUGCCCCAUAAGUCAAUUCUCCUGGCUUUGAUGGAAAAGUUUGGACUGAUAGUACGGCUACUGAUUUCGGAAUCCAAAACAGCAAAUGAACGCUUCAGUGAGAAGUAUACCAUUCCGAGCAAACUCAUGGAGUUAGAAACCAUCACUGAUAUCACCGAUGACGUCAAUAACCUUAAACAGAAUAAUCUUGAUGUCUCACAAACAUUAUGCUUCAUAUUUCAUGAUGUCUUUGUUCCAGAGGAGCUCUUUCACCGAGUCUUUGCCACAAUCAUGAAGACCUUCAUAUCAGUAUCACUAUCAGCAAGACUCAGAGAAGACGAACUCAAAAGAAACCCGCCGACGACAAACGAUACGACUUGUCUUUACAGGGGAUUUGGCUGUUUCGAGGUGAAUGAGCUCUGCAGAAUGAUCUUGUCGAUGCACUGGGAGCGGUCUACAAUUGCUGUGACAUUGUUCAGUCCUUCAGAAUCCAAACUUCCUCCACACUCUGGAACACUUGUUAGAAACUCUCUGGAGCGGAUUUUACGGGAAACUCUGCAGAUGAGUAACCAGCAACACUUUCAGUACACAUACAAACUGCACUGUAACUUUCAUUUGAGUCCGUACGAUACUCCUGUAGAGAUCUACAGUGUCAUUCACGCAGAGGCAGGCAUGUCCUGUAAAGGAGAUGAAUGUCGAGGAAAACAUCGACUGACGCAAUCGGACCUGUUGUUUUGGGACAUACCAAAGAAUGCCACACAAGUACAUGGGUUGGGAUCCAAUCACGAGGAGAUAUGCCUUGACAGAAGACCAACAUCCCAGGAGCUCGGGCGUCUGUCUUACAUGGUCGAAGCGUCCAAAUGUCAGCGACUCUUCAUCGAACUUGGCCUGUCACUACCAGAGAUCUCGAACAUAGAACAUGAGACAAGGAGACUUGCGGUUGUCACCCAGAUUACCAAGAUGUUUUUGAAGUGGACGUACACCUACCCUAAUGGGACGUUUCGUCAAAUCAAAACGGCCAUGUCGAAGGUUGGCAUGGCUACAGACACUCUCGGCGAGGCCGUUGGUUGGGAAUCUGUCAUUCUAGAUGACAUGGAAUUUAACCGUGGGCUCCACAGACGACUGGUGGUCAGUGACAUUGGGCUUCUGGUAGACAAAAUAGGCAAGGAUUUCUUCAACCUGUGUCUGGAGCUUGGGUUGUCUGUCUCUAACAUAGAUAUGUGUGAAAUGGAUCACCUCAAAGCUAAACAUGUGAUAGAGGCGCUCAUCAAGCUAUGGAUCGAAACAUUCCAAGAGCAGGCAACCGUCAGCAGGAUUCUGAAGGCAAUGAAACUUUGCAAUAUGAACUGGUACUCAACCGCGAGGAGAUUUAUUUAGGUCGAUGCAAAUACAGACGAAUGACGUAAUGUGAUUUUGUAAUGUACAAUACAAGAAAACUAUCCGAGUCUGUUUAGGAAGCAUCACGUAUCGACAAAAUAUGUUUGUAUCUGUGCUUAUAUAUAUAAACAAACUCGCAUUUGUCAGUGUGCCAUGAGGAACAGACCAGAUACAAACAGCACAACAAAAGAUAGCCGAAACAAGGAAUCUAAACUCGGAUUAAACUAGGUAUCUUAUCCUAUAUGAUGCUUGAUUUUUCUAGCGAAAUAUAGAUGAUUUUGGGUGAGAAAACAGCUACAUGAGAAUGUUAACAAGAUAUAAGUACGAUAACUACGACGCUUACUUUAGUGGUUACUAUAAAGCUGGUGGAUUUUUUGGUUCGGGCUAUGUUAAGGAUAACGUAGGUACGUCAUUAUACCCUUGUUUCUGUAAAUGUGUGUUAUACUUUAUAAAUGUGGACGAUGAGAGUCAUUCGCAUUCUUGCACUUAAUAAGCAGUGUUACCUUACGAUUAUUACAAUGUGGAAUGAUAUGGAACUCUCAUUUAAUUGAAUUUUUUUAAUAGACAACAUAGCACGAGAACAUUUGUGCACAAUUCUCAAAGGAAUUAUGUCUGAUGACAUCAUUUUAUCGAUGUCUGCGUAUUGUAUGGAAUGGCGUCCGUUGUCCACCGUCUCUAUGUCCUACAACUGUUCCUUCUUUAUAAGAACUGAAAAAAAGUUAAGAUGAUUUGAGGUCACUAGCGAUUUAUCAAAUUUCCCCACGAAAAUGAUCAUAACAUGUCAAGGUCACAGGGGUCAGAUAUUUUGAAAAUAUCAAAUAACGUUACGUAAUGAACCAUAAGGAUUUGAGCCAUGAUACUCGGGAAUGUUAAGUAGACCAGCUACGGUUGUUUUUCUAAUAUUUAUUAGGGUCGAUGGUGGGUAUAUGCUUUCAAAUCUUUCCAUUAGCUCCCUCGGAUCCACGAUCAGGUUAUUUGGCCAGUUGUAUGUUAAAUGGAGGACUAGAUGUAUACAUUCCUUAAUCAUAUAGAUAAAAUUGGCUAUUUUCAAGGUCAAAUGAGUUUAAAAUGCUAGCGCGCAUUUUGUUCUUAUACUUUUUGUUGGGUCAAAGAUCAACUUUAAUCGUUGGGGUGAAAUAUCAACAUAGGUUUAAAAUGAUAAACAUGCUUAUAAUCCCCUUCUUAUGGAGUUUUAGAAGGCCUGGAAUAAUAAGGUUAAAUAAGCCUUGAAAUAGAUGCUAUAUCACGCCUUGUAUGCAUGUUAUUGAUCUCUUUUAAGGUCACAAGUAUCCAAUAUGUAAAGAACUUGAAUGUUUUUCAAAGAACUUGGGCACUUAGGUUAAAUAUAUAUUCCAGGGCUAUGGUAUUAUCCAGAGCGCAUAUUAAAAACUUCAAACAACAAAUCGGGGAAAAUAGGUUAAGCCUUCAGGGUAAAUGUUUACUAUUGAAGAUGAUAAUUUGUUGAUAACAACGAAAGUGAGCGCUGCGUACACUCUUGGUCUCCCGACAUAAUUUUGUAUAUUUAAAACUGGAAAAUGAAAGAAAAUAUUGCCAGUUUUGUAUGUACUCUGUAUACGUGAUAUAACUGUUAUGUAUCUUAUUCCCCUUAUAAACUCAUAACAGGAGUUGUUGCAAUGUUUUACCGAUCAGAAACCCAUGUGAUGUAACUGAUUUAUCAUGCCAGCCUGCCCUUUAUAUCUUUAAAAAUAAACCGAAAAAGAAAAGGAUGGAACAUCUCGAUAGUCAGCCUUGAAAUAUGUCCAGAAGUGUUGUAAAGUAGACUAGUGAAUCGUAUAAUUUGAGUUUGUUUUUUGAACAUAUAGAUACAUAUACUUUAAUUUCGAUAAAAACAAUACCAAGUUGUAAAAUUCAAAAAUUGCAAGUCAGCAACCGUCAAAUUGUAGUUUAAUCAUCGAAUUUGAGAGGGUGACAUUGACAGACUCCGAGGGAAUUUUUUAAAGGUUAAUCGAACAGAAAAGGAGAUAAAUUUAGAUAUCUAAUGGUCGUGUUUCCAUUUGUACAGUUCUGCGUUAUUUUGUUAUAUAAACUUGAUUUAUGUAAAUCGUAAUGUAGCUUCCUUAUAAUCAAGUAGUUUUAAAUGAGUUCCAUUGUGUCGUUGUAAAUUGAUUAUAUAUACUCAUUUUCCUCAAUUUUCCCUUUUUUGAUAAUUUAUGCAGUAAUGACAUAUUAUAAAACAUAAAAAAUAGACCGUGGCUUCAUAUUUCAAUAAGGAGUCUCAGCCUUUGUUUCGAGACCGAAACAGCAAUCAAAAUGUGUAUACCGUACUGUAUACCAUCCAACAAUCCGAACGUGUAUACCGUACUGUAUACUAUAUAACAAUCCAAACAUGAAUACCGUACUGUAAACUAUAUAGCAAUCCAAACGUGUAUACUGUACUGUAUAAUAUAUAACAAUACAAACAUGUAUACCAUACUGUAUACUAUAUAACAAUCCAAAUAUGUAUACCGUACUGUAUACUUUAUAACAGUCCAAAUGUGUAUACUGUACUGUAGACUAUAUAACAAUACAAACAUGUAUACCAUACUGUAUACCAUAUAACAAUACAAACAUGUAUACCGUACUGUAAACUAUAUAGCAAUCCAAAC